AUGGCCGAUCCACUGAAACUGCUUCACGAAUAUGCCGUCGGGAGACGCACAAUGCGCGAAAUCAAACAGGGUCAUGAUCGUUAUUUUGUGUUCGGCGAUGUUGCUUAUCCGCGUGAUGUCAAAACAAAUUUGAUCGUCUACGGCAAGCAAAAUGAAUAUUAUACACUUGAAUCUUUGUUGUUGCUAUGGGAGAAUCGCGAAAUGCAACACACCGCAUACGUUAAGGAUGCAUCCGGCAAGGGUAUUCAGUGUGUCACCAGACCGGACAGACGUGAGCUGUUGGCGUAUUUGAAAGGUGAACGUGAGCAACCACCACAGAAUGUGGACGUUUUAGCGCCAAUCCCAGCACCGAUUCCUCUAUCGAGAUUGAACGAGAACGAGCCUGAACCGAAAAAGUCACGAUAUGAUGGCGAAGAGAACAGACAAAGAAUCCAGAAUCUUUUGAUGGGUUCCGUGACCGAAGGUAGCAAAAGUGGCGCAGCUGAAGGUGUUCGAGAUUUAAGCGAUAAGUUGACAGCAGACAAAAUUGCGGCAUUGAAGAAUAAACGAAAAAAGAAUAUGGCCAGAAAUACGAUCAAUUGGUUUAUGUUGUUGUGUUUUUUCUUCAGUUUUGCGCAUGCCAUGGAAUUGGAUGUUCCUGAGUUGGGGGGCACGGACGUUGUGGAUCGCGAAUUGAAGAACAAAGAACGUGUUUGGAAAAAUAGAACGAGCGUGAUGGAGGCACCAUCGAAGGAUUUCACUCCUAUAUUCUCCAUUCUGCACAGUCUUAAGGUGCGUGAAGAGGCGGUCCAACGGCAGAAGGCGUCAGCACCGCCGCCUAGAAGUGCAGUCGGUGAACGAUCGAGAGCGCAGCCAGUUGGCUACUCACGUUACGAUCAAGAACGUUUCAACAAGGAUCAAACUGCAGGCUUCAAAAUUGAAACUGGCCUCACUUUCCAAGGCACAUCGCUCAAGGCAAUUUCGUCGGUUGGUGCUAAGCCGAUGGCCGCUGAUUCAACAACGAGUGGCAAUUUGGCGAAAGCCACAUCGUCGGCGAUAGGAGCUGANUUUGAAUUUUUCUCGGAUAUGCGCUUCGUGUCAACCGAGGAACGCAAGAGUGUGUGUCGACGGGAGAAUGAGGUGUUGAUACAAAGAAGCAAGAGCGAAGGAGUGACAGUCCCGUAUCGAGUGGUUGAUAACGCACUCAAACUGAACGAUGACGAGUGGACACGGGUGGUGGCUGUCUUUGUUCAGGGUCCUGCAUGGCAGUUCAAAGGAUGGCGAUGGGGUGGUAAUCCGACGGAUAUUUUCGCAAAUGUUGCAGCAUUUCAUUUGAUGUUCGAUGAUCAACGAUUGGACACGAAUGUUGCAAGAUGGAGUGUUAACAUUCUGAAGUUAUCGCGUACGAAACGACAUUUAGAUCGAGCGAUUCUGGCUCGUUUCUGGGAGGUUUUGGAUCAUUAUAUCGUCAAGAAUAAAGCACAUUUGAGGUAUUGA